AUGCACCUCAGAAUGCAGCAGCAGCAUCACCGUAGUCACGUCCUCCAACUCCCCAUCAUCCUCCUGCUACUUCCCCCGCUACUCCUAGCCAUCGAACAGUCCCCGGGAAACCGGACAUCUGUUCUGCCGUCCUGCGCAUAUCUCUGUGUUCUCGACCACUCCACGGAACCCUUCGUUCCACGUCUCUGCCGAUCAUCGGCUCUCCUAUCAGCAGCACGCAACUGCACGUUUCUCACCUGCAUCAGUGAGGCCGCUGCUAGUAGACAGCUGGUCGACGAGUGGUUCACACAUAUGUGUGACCACGUUCCGGAGCGAGAGUGUAGGCCAAUGGACGUAUAUAGCCCGGGCGUGCAGGUGUAUAAUGCCACGAGGGCAAAUAUCGCUAGCCGCCUGGGGGCAGAAGAAAGAGUUGCGGUGGGGUUGUUGACCGUAGUGACGGUGGUGGCGGUGCUGUUGGUGCUGGGCGGGAGCACAUAUGUGUGGGUGGGAUGGAGGAAUAGGAUAGUGAGGAAAUUUGACGAAAGCAUGGAAAUAGAAGAUAUGAAGAGGAGGAGGGAGGAGAGAGAGAGGUGGAGGAAGGGAUAUAGGAGGUAUUGGGAUGGAGGUGGAGACGGAGAAGGGAUAGUGGUGCAGGUGGAGAUGGAAGUCAGAAAGAAAAGAGAAAAUGAGAGGAAGAUUCCUGGUCGUAGCCUGGUAUAA